AUGAGUGUCAUAGUUAUGGAUAAUGGCACAGGGUUUUGUAAAGCUGGUUUUGCUGGAGAUUCAUCUCCACAAGUUGAGUUCCCAUCGGUCGUAGGCAGACCAAGAUAUAUACCUGUUGUUGCCGGUUUAGAUUACCGCAGUUUCUACGUGGGAGGAGAAGCCCAAGCUAAAAGAGGCAUUCUUGCACUCUCUUAUCCCCUCCAACAAGGCAUUAUUCGAAACUGGGAUGACCUAGAGGUCAUCUGGGAUCACACCUUUAGUCAUCUUCUGGAAGUAGAUCCUUCCGAGUAUCCUGUCAUAGUUUCAGAAGCUCCCAAGAACCCACUACGGAACAGAGAAAAAAUGUUGGAAAUAUUGUUCGAAACUUUCAACUGUCCAGGAGCUUUUAUUGCGAUUCAAGCUGUCUUGUCUUUGUACACUGGCGGCAGAACUACGGGCAUAGUACUCGACUCUGGAGACGGUAUCAGUCAAGCAGUCCCUGUCUACGAAGGUUACGCGAUUCACCAUGCCAUCUGGAGAAUUGAAUACGCAGGCCGAACUCUCACGGACUACCUACGACAGCUACUGACGGAAAGGGGCUAUUAUUUUACGACAUCAGCUGAACAUGAGAUCGUUCGAGAUAUAAAAGAAUCUCUUUGCUUCGUAAGCCAGGACUUCGUAAACGACAUGAGAGUUUGCUCCAGAAAUCUUUCAGCCUUUAAUCAUGAGUACGUUCUACCAGAUGGACAAGUUUUAACUGUGGGAUCGGAAAGAUUUCGCUGUCCAGAGUUACUUUUCCGUCCUUCUUAUGUGAACUUAGAAGAACCUGGAUUUCAGGAAGUCAUUUAUGACUCAAUCAUGAGGUGUGACGUCGAUAUCAGAAGAUAUAUAAUGCAAAAUGUACUCCUUUCCGGUGGCAGCACAAUGUUCCCUGGUAUGGAGCAACGUUUGCACCACGAACUGAAACAUAUGUGUCCUUUUGACGUACACGUCUGUGCUCCAAAGGAAAGAAGGUAUGCUGCUUGGGUCGGAGGCUCCAUUCUAGGAUCUUUGUCAACUUUCCGGGACAUCUGCGUCACACGUUCUGAGUACAACGAUUAUGGACCUCGAAUUGUGCACAGAAAAUGCUUCUGAUACAUUGCAACAAUCUUAGAUCAAUUUUAACAAAUAUUAUAUAUUUCGAGGCAAAAUAAUUAAAAUCAA